CCAUCACGAUUUGGAAACGCACACCGAGGAAACCUCCACUACGUUUUACUCUUCCUUAUUGAGCUUUGCAUUAGAAGAGAGUCCGUCAUGGCCAUGCUGAAGAUCUCCUCUUUUCUUGCUGUCUAUGCCUUGGUGAUAUGCCAGAUGGAAAGCUACCAGGCAGUCCCCCUAAGACCUGGCUUAGAGCCCGCCGGCACAGAUCGAGGGACCCUCAGCGACUAUGAAGCUCGGAGGUUAUUAAAGGCGUUGGUGAACGGGUACGCCCAGAUGGCGGCGGAAGAGCUGGAACAGGCGAGCGAAGGAAACAGCUUGGAUAGACCCAUUUCCAAACGCUGUGCCAAUCUGAGCACUUGUGUGCUGGGAAAACUGUCUCAAGAAUUACACAAAUUGCAAACUUACCCUCGUACUGACGUCGGGGCUGGAACGCCUGGCAAGAAGAGGAAUGUGCUGAAUGACCUGGGAAAUGAACGCUAUGCAAACUACGAGGAAGCCCUCGGAAACAACUAGAUUGGCUCAGAUUUCCUUUUUCCCUCUCUUAAUUCCACCCCUCCUCCUUACCUUCUCUUUUGCAUGUGGAUCUAACCUUGAUUGCUAACUUUGCUAUGUUCUGUUGAAUCUAUUUUUGAGCGAGAAGGCUUAAUUGGAUCAACUUCAAGUUAGGAAAUUAAGGGUGCAAUCCUGCAGGUAUAGAUGGAACAAAGUCCUCACACUUUGGGAGUCUGAGGACUUUCUUCCUUCUAUAUGUGCAUAGGAUUAUGCCUUAAGGUACGUAACACACAUACACAUAAGGGGUUGGGGGGGCAGGGACUGGGGAAAAGCAUAUACCAAAUUAAAAUUAAUAAUAAGUAGCAUUGCCUUGAAAUUUCAAUUGAUUUUCUUAGAUGUUUAUUUUACAAAUAAUAAUAUUUUGAUUUCUGGCUACUCAUUGUAAAAACGAAUGAAUAAAUGUUUCUUUCAUGCCUGACCAUGCAACUGUUCAAUAAACCUAUUUUUCUACAAGGAUCAGGUCUAUUUUCUAAUUAUGAAUGACUUUAAUCAGUUGUUUUUAAUAUGGGUUUUGUAAGCUUGGUUUUUCACCACAGAAUAGAAGUAAUAGCUGCUCAGGGCAGGAUGAAUAAAUAGGGCGACAAGUUUACUCCAACGUAGUUAGUGGGAAAGUUCACAUUGACUUUAAUAGUAUAAACUUUUCACAUCUGUUCAGUCACCCAUCUUUGUGGAAAUACAGUAUAUAGUUUAUAAAUAUUAGAAAUGUU